CUGCACUUGUGUUUGUAGAAAAAGCUUAAACACCCGAUGGCGAUGAUGAGGGCGGCGGCGACGGCGACUGUGACCGCGGGGACUCCUCGAGGACUUAGAGGGUUAUUAUUCUCAACUUUAUCAUCAAGUUUUCCAUUCAAUCCACCGCCGACGAAUCAAGAGAAGCCUCCUCCUGCUGAACCCUCCACCAACCUCUUUGUCUCUGGGCUUAACAAACGAACAACUUCAGAGGGACUUAGAGAUGCCUUCGCAAAGUUCGGUGAAGUGGUGCAUGCUAGAGUUGUGACUGAUCGGGCAUCAGGAUAUUCAAAGGGGUUUGGCUUUGUACGAUACAAUACUUUAGAAGAGGCUGCGGCAGGGAUAAAGGGCAUGGAUGGCCAGUUCUUGGAGGGAUGGGUUAUAUUUGCGGAGUAUGCAAGACCUAGACUGCCUCCUCCCCCACUUGAGAGCAAUGGAUCUAUGUAUGGUCGCCAAUAGCUCCUGUAUACGGUAGAAGAAGCUUCUCUCUUUCAGAUAUUGCACUCAUUUGUUCAGAGGAGCAUCUGAUUACUUUUGGAAGAAAAAAAAGAGAGCAAUUGAUGAAUCAUAGCUCUUGAUUUUGCCUCGAUCACAAUUUUAUUAUUGUCCCUUUGUGUGGAACUUUUUGAAUAUGGUUGACAUGAAACUGAACUCGUUGAAUUGAGAGGUAUUUCUAUUUCAAAGGUGCUUAUUAAUCAGUUAUCUGCAGAACUCUGUUGGUUUGCUAUUCAUGUGGAU